GUGAGUUUUGUUUAGCGAAAUAAGAAAAAGGAAAGAGUGUACGAAGGGUGAAAAAGAAGGGCGUCUCAUAAAAAGAAAGCCUGCCGGCGUGCGGAUGAUUUCUUAGUGCAUUUAUGCAAAGCAGAAGGAGAGAAGAAGACGCUCGCUGUCCUUAUUUCGAGUAAUUAGUGGUCGGCGAGUCGAGAGAGAGGGUAGAGGAGCGUGUGUGAUUCUAAAUACACGCCCGCCCCUUAAUUUAUAUCUAAGGGUAAAACAGUAAGAGUAAAGAUGUGGUGGGGACAGUCUUGCGAGAGGGGAAGUGAGGGCGCUUGCGUCUUGGCCGUUCACGAGGCUUUGUCUAAUCGGAUUCAUUAACAGCGAAACGGGAAUUAUGCGUCCAUUGCUAGUCGGCAUAUUUUUGAACACAGUCGGACUUUCAACCCCUCGAAGAAAACGUUAUUCUGCCGGGACUCGAACCGAGAUCAGAAAACAAAAUUCAAAAUUCAAGCAUGCUCCUAGACUAGUAGUAAAUACAAGAAUCAAAAUGACGCAAUCCCAUUAUUCUCUACGUUGGAACAACCAUCAAUCUCACAUAUUGGCGGCCUUUGAAGCGUUGCUACAAGCGGAAACUUUGGUCGAUGUCACUUUGGUAUGUGCGGAAACUUCGGUGCGAGCUCACAAGGUCGUACUCAGCGCUUGCAGUCCCAUGUUCCAGAGGAUAUUUUCGGAGAACCCUUGCAAACAUCCUGUGAUUGUUUUGAAAGAUUUUAACGGAUGGGAAGUCCAAGCGAUAGUAGACUUCAUGUACAAAGGUGAAAUCAGCGUGAUCCAAGAACAACUCCAAUGUCUAAUAAAAGCGGCGGAAAGCCUCCAAGUGCGCGGCCUGGCCAAUCAAGACCCCUUCGGCAUAGACAAAGAAUCAAGCAGUAUCGUAAACCAAACCCCAACCCCUUCGGCAUCCCCAAACGAUUACGACAACCCCAAACAAUUCUACUCGGGCAACAGCAAUAAAUAUUCAGCGCCGGUACGAAAUCCCAUGGAAAGAUUCUCGCCUAUCAAUUUCGAGCCUUCGCCAAAGCUACCUCACAUGUCCAGGCUGUCCUUUUCUGAUACGCAUAUUCCGAGAUCAGAAUGUCAUUCGCCCAUUCCCAGAAGGAAACAAGCGAGACCGAGAAGAAGAUCGGGCGAGUUGAACAACCCUCAGGACUUGUGCCUGAACAAACCGUCUGAUGCGCAUCAGCAAGAAGAAACCGCCGAAAAUUUGUGCAUGAAAAAGAAAGACGAUAGCAAGUUGCACAUAAAAGAAGAGGCCGGACGAAAAUCGUGCACGCCCGAGCCGAUGCUGCGCAGUCCGGAAAUCGAUUUGAGUCAAUGCGCAAAGGAUUUUAGAGGGUCGCCGGUUUCUGCGCAUCAGCCCAGUAUGACGUUGAAACAGGAAAUUGAUAGUCAAUCGCCGUUGCCGUUUCCACCGAUGCCAACUGUUUCGGCUUUGGCUAUGACACCACCUCAUAGUAAAUUUUUUGGACUGGAUUCGCCCCUUGGACUGUUUCCGCCUGGAUUGGACGCUUGCCGGAAUCCCCUCUUCGACAUGACCGAUCCUAGAACCACCAUAGACUCGCCCAUGUUUGUGAAGAAGAAAAUGGGUAGACCAAAAGGUCAGCAUUCGGCACCACGCGGCGGUCCGCCUCGGUCCUGGACAAACGCCGAACUGACCGAAGCACUCCAGCACGUCUGGAACAAGAAAAUGACCACCAGUCAAGCGUCCAGGAUAUUCGGGAUACCGUACAAUUCGUUGCUGAUGUACGUCCGAGGUAAAUACGGCAAAAGCCUCAAGUUGGAACAGCUGAGGAAAGAUUGCAUCGGCGGGCCGAAUCCUUCGAUGGAUUUGUUGGGCAAUAUGACGGGGAAUAAUAAUAAUAACAAUUUGCCGAAAGGAGGCGAAAGGGAACAGGAACCGAUUCAGCCAAAUACGAGGCCGUCGAGUACCGAUCAGGAUCAACCACCGCCUCAACAUCCGAUGUUCCCGUUCGGCCACAAUUUCUACCCGGACUUUGGCACAGGCUUCCCGAUCCCGGUCAGCAUGAUCCACCUUUUGCCUCAGAGCGAAAAGAACCGGACGGAUCACAACGCGUACGGCCAAACCGCUCCGCACGAAGACGAACUCGCCAAACAAAAUCAACUCAAAGACAUGGAAGACGAUCAGAUCGUCCAGGACUUGUACAGGCCGCCGCAAUUGAGCGUGGACGAUAGGCGGGAAUUGGUACACCAAAACGGUCAAGAUUAAUUUGUUAGUUGAUGAAUUGGUUAACGGACAUGGCAGAAUGAUAAAAACGGCGGAAAAAUUAUUGUAUUGGUGCCAUUAGGGGCGAGAGCACGGUAAAAAUAAUUGAGCCCGGAAUAUGGCAAGCUGUUUUUAUCAUUUAUUUUUGUGAUUUAUUGAAGCUCAUUCGAGUGUUUAAUUGAAAUUCAGAUCAACUCUUCUGAUCCACAAUUCCAAUGGUUCUGACACACAAAUGUUUGAUUCAAAUAAAUACUUGAUUUAAAGUUUCAAUAAACUCUGCUGUGUAGAUUGUAUUCCGUUAAUUAAUUUACUUUUUAGGGGCAAUAUUAGUUAAAUAUAACAUUUAGGCAAAAUUGUAAAAAAGAAAAUCAUCAUUGUUUUUGGAUAAUAUUAAAUUUAAGUCUUGUAUAUUAUUAUAUUUGUUUUUGAUAAUGGAGCUUCCUUUUAGGAUUUUGAAUUUUUGUAUAUGUAUUAUUAUUCAAGAUAUUAAAAAAAGAAAAAAAAAAAAAUAUCAUACUAAUAAAUCUUUUAUUAGAUAAUGGAUUUCCACCAAGUAAAAGCCGAUUCAAUCAAAAUCAUACUAAUAAUUUAGUGUGCCAAAUUAUUAAUAUCUUGAAUUAUUGACGAGGGUGUGCAAUGGCCGAUUUUUGUGUAAAUAGAAUUAAAAUAAGACUGAUAUAUCAUUAUGCCAAGAUGUUCCGACUACAAACUACAUAAAAAAAAAGCAUAAUAACUAACAAUUUUAUUUUUUAAUACUACCACUAUAUACAGUUCCUGAUAUAUACAGAUUUUUUACCAAAUAUUUACAUAUACAGUUUUCCGUUUCUAUGUUCAACCAAAAUAUUCUGCGAACGGGUCAAUUUAUAAUAACCUGUCCAGGAUAUAUCCUUUAUUGAAAUAAAACUGCGAUAUUAGUAAUUUUUACAAUAAAUAAAUACAGUUUGUACAGUAUAAAGAAUUUUAACUAAGAUUUUGUUUUUAACAGAUAUUGUAUUUUUUCAACAAAAUACCCACUCCCUUAAUUAAUUAUUACAACCGAUUAUAUUUUUAUAUAAUAUUUGCAAUAGAAUACUAUAGAAAUACAUUAGUUGGAACAGACUUAUUAGUUUUAAAUUUUCAUUAAAUUUUGGCAAAGUGAUGUGAUG